UGAAUCACUCUGAUGGGGAGCUUUUUAUGGGAGUUAACUGCAAAUUAUGUUCACUAAUAAUGUUUUGCUUGUGUUUAAUAAUAAUGUUCUGCUUGCGUUAACUAAUAAUGUUCUGGUUACACCUUGUUCUGUUUUACUAAAAAGAGAAAUUGAUUUUUGUCAGAUAUCUGAAACUGAAAACAUGUUCCUUGCCCAAGAAAGAAAUCCCCCUCGCUUUGGAGAUAUCCCUGAAACUACAUCAACUGUACUUUGGAUACAAGAUUUACUCUCAAAAAUCACACAUCCAAUGGACAAAAUAAUGGACAGUAAAGAUCUAUCACAUAACGAAAUGGAGAUUCACGAAAGAUUUAAGAAAACUGAGCUUCUUUUGAGAUCCUAUCAACAAAGAAAAUAUGAAUCUUGGAAAAUCAGUGCAGCUGAAAAACUGAAUAAAUUUCUUCAUUCGAAUGUACUGAGAAAACUACAUUGUGAGCCAGAUACCUUAAAAGGAAGAAAAAAGUACGAAGAGGUGUUGCUUUACCAAAUAAAUUUUCCUCUUUAUUUUGAAGAACUGUCGGUUGAAGCGAAAUUUUUGGAGAAUUAUGGAUAUGAUAUUCCCAAUUUCAUUAGAAACGUCAUUUUACAGGAACGCACUUUUUACCAGUAUCGAAGCAAAUUGAAAAACAUUUUAGAGGAUUUAAAGCACAGUGUCGCUGAGCUGGAAGAUGAAGAGCUUUCUGUGAUGGCUGUUCCUACAUCUGAUCUCAUUAAUCUGCUCGAACCUGGAAUAAACAUCUGCUGGGAAUCGACAGAAAUUCUUGAGUUUUUGAAGAAUAUUGAAAGAGGGGUGGAUGUAUUUCGAGGAGUCGUGAGUCAAGUUAAAAAGAUAAUAACUGAAAUUAACAGCCGUAUUAAGUUGCUAUCUACUUGUGACCUACUGCAGUUCGAGAGUGUAUUAGACAAGAUCCCUACAUGUGAAAAUUAUUUCAACACUGCGCAAAAGAAUAUGGAUAUCAAAGUUGGAAAAAUGGUUCAAAUAUAUAGUUCCUUUGAGUCACUUUUAAAGACCUUAGAGAUGAUCACAUGUAAAUCUACAACAGGAAAGUCAGAAUACCUCACAGAGUACUAUAGUGUAUGCGAAAAGAAAAUACUCCUUGCUUUGGUACAGUUCAUGCUGGAUAAUUUAGAAUACUUGGAGGAAGAAAUUCUGGAGCAUUUUAUUUUUCCAUACAUCACAGCUGCCUACCAAUCAGAAGAUGAAUUGAUUAGAUCCUCUUUCAUUGGAAUAAAAUUAGUAUUUGUCAUCUUCUUUCAAAGUCUAACAGAAAGUACAAGAAAGUUAUUAAGAUGGUUUGAUGGCAGUUGUAUUUCAACUUCUCCAUUUUACUCUCAACGUUUUAAGCAAAAUCUGGAAUUUUCUUACUACUUGGAUCUAUCAAUACACCCUGGAAUCAAGAAAAUAUCACUCCGAAUUUUACAGAAAGUUUUUUGUUUUGUGGACAACAUCGAAUAAAUGUAACUAUACGCAUAGCUUCAAAUAAACAUAAAUUAGAAUUUU